CCGACUCUUCCGUUCCCAAGAACGUGAAAUCUCUUCUCUGUUUCGUAGGAAUUUUGGCUAGUUUGGUUGUUCGAUUUUGUUUCCGUAAUGGCUUACGCCGCGGCUAUCUCGAGCUCGAUCACUUCCCGUUCCCUCCUUUCUGGGGACUUCAAAGCGGCCUUAAUUGCGUCCAUUAGGCAUCCGGAGCCGUCGAUUGCCACGUCGGCGGCGAGCGGUGGUCCCCGGCCGCGGCGGAUGCUGGCGCGGCCGUGCUGUGCCGUCGAACCCACCAAGAGGAACGACUCGGUAGUCCCCUCUGCGGCGGUGGCGGAGGCGGCGAACGCUGCGGUAGGGGAGGAGGCUACGGCGCCAUCAGCAGCGGUGGACUAUGAGGAGCUAAAUAAGGCGCUCGAGAACGCUUCGCCGUUGGAGAUCAUGGAUAGGGCUCUGGAUAUGUUCGGAAACGAAAUCGCAAUUGCUUUCAGUGGAGCAGAGGAUGUCGCUCUGAUAGAGUAUGCGAAGUUAACCGGCAGGCCAUUUAGGGUCUUCAGCCUUGACACAGGGAGGUUGAAUCCGGAGACAUACAGGUUCUUUGAUGCUGUAGAGAAACACUACGACAUCCACAUCGAGUACACGUUCCCAGAUGCCGGGGAGGUGCAGGCCCUUGUUAGAAGCAAAGGCCUCUUCUCGUUCUAUGAAGAUGGGCACCAGGAGUGCUGCAGAGUGAGGAAGGUGAGGCCUUUGAGAAGGAUGCUGAAGGGCCUCCGUGCUUGGGUCACUGGACAGAGGAAGGAUCAGUCUCCUGGCACCAGAGCCAAUAUCCCUCUUGUGCAGGUAGAUCCUGUUUUUGAGGGGGUCGACGGCCUUGGUAGCUUGAUAAAGUGGAAUCCAGUUGCAGAUGUGGAGGGAAAGGACAUAUGGAAUUUCCUUCGAACCAUGAAUGUUCCUGUGAACUCCUUGCACUCGCAGGGUUACGUCUCUAUUGGUUGUGAGCCCUGCACCAGACCAGUCUUGCCCGGCCAACAUGAGCGGGAAGGUAGAUGGUGGUGGGAAGAUGCGACGGCCAAGGAGUGUGGACUCCACAAGGGGAACCUUAAGCAGGAUGAGGCAGGAAAAUUGGGUGCGAAUGGGAACGGGGUUGCGGCCGCCAAUGGUGUUGAUGGAACAGUAGACAUUUUUGAGACCCAAGCCAUUGUUAACCUUAGCAGGCCUGGGAUAGAAAACUUGCUGAAACUCGAGAAGCGCCAGGAACCAUGGCUGGUUGUCCUCUACGCUCCUUGGUGCCGAUUCUGUCAGGGAAUGGAAACAUCCUACAUGGAGUUGGCUGAGAAACUCGUUGGCUCCGGUAUCAAGGUUGGGAAGUUCCGAGCCGAUGGCGACCAGAAGCCAUUUGCUCAGAAAGAGCUACAAUUGGGAAGCUUCCCCACGAUCCUGUUUUUCCCCAAAAACACAUCUAGGCCGAUCAAGUAUCCAUCCGAAAAGCGCGAUGUCGAUUCGCUUCUGGCAUUUAUCAAUGCUCUUAGAUGAAGUUGAGUUGCCGCUGGACAUAAGUCUUCACUCUCAUCUGGGUGCCGGCUUCAGAUGAUACAAAAGAAGGUGUCUGGCAGGAUCCUGUACCAUGCUUAGCUUCCCCUCUUCUCUCAGUUUGCUUUAGAUGGGGGAGUAAUAUGUUGAUAAGGGCCAACUACAUAGUAUCUGGAAUCAAAUUCGAUGUUGUUGUCUGUAAUCAGAACUUGUGGGUGAUCGCCCACUCUAAAGUUCCUAUUCAGUUUCGUAGUGUGGUUUGAUAUGUUCAUAAGAAUAAAUUUUUUGAAUCUUGUGGAAGAUUUGGUUUGAGA